AGAAACUGAAGAGAGCCGCAACAAUAUCUUCUUACUGUUGCUUCAUUUCAUUAGACAGCUGGAUUGGAGGCCUGAGAAGAAAGACGGCGCAACUCGAAUGCGACAUGAGCGCAUCGUUAUUAUCAGGAAUAUGUUUCACCCAAAGGACUUUGAGGAGGAUCCCUUAGUGCUAAAUGAGAUCAGAGAAGAUCUGCGGACGGAGUGUGAAAAGUUUGGUCAAGUAAAGAAGGUUCUCAUAUUUGAUCGACAUCCUGAUGGUGUGGCUUCUGUGUCAUUUAAAGAAGCAACAGAAGCUGAUCUUUGCAAACUAACUCUAAAUGGGAGGUGGUUUGGUGGCCGCCAGCUCAGUGCUGAAACGUGGGAUGGAGUCACCGAUUAUCAGGUGGAGGAGACUGCAAGAGAAAGGGAAGAAAGGCUCAAGGUGUGGGGAUCGUUUCUAGAGGAUCCUGAUGCAAAGGAGCAGCAACCGACAUCGGAUUCGGAUGCCGCAACAAGUAGCGUUAAACUGCCUGAAGGCAGACAACCUGCCAACGUUAAUGACACCUCUAAGGAUGUAAAUGAUGAAGCCCAUAAGAGGGAGAAUAAUGAUCUUCUCUUGAGGCUUAGAUCUUCUGUUGAGGCUGGAAUGAUGUCAAGGAGACUAGAAAUGCAUGAGCACACACGUUCUGGGCCAUAGUGAAUUAAAUUCUCGUGGUCUGUAUGCGCUAGGUAUGCAAAAUAGGCUUUUGAUUGAUGUGUUUGCUUUGUUUAGUUAUAGCUUUAAUAUUAGCGUAAACAUUUUUAUUUAACUUUGUUAGAUGAUGAGGUGAGUUCUCUUCAACAUUUUAGUUUAGCCUUACGUGCUCUUUGAAGUGGAGGAUCUCCCAUAUUUCAUAAAAUUUCAAGGCUUUUGGCAACUUGAACUACAAUUUGUUGUGCAAAAGUUAGAAUACUUGAAAAUACGCUUUCAAAUAAUACUCUUUUCUAUGGAAAAAAGCAAAUGCUAACCCUCUUAGAAAUAUUUCCAAAAGCAAGGAUUGAGAAGACAUUCUAACUUUAGAUAUCUUAAUAAGUGGCAGGCUUUCAAAAAUAACUUUAGGGGAGCUGUUUUGGGCAUUUUCAUUCCUCAUUUCGAAUCGCAUUAUUUUGAUACCUAAGGAUUGAAGAAUACAGACUUAGGCACUAAGCAAUUAAAAUAUCAGUGCUAAAUUCAUAGCACGCUGCUUACGUGGGUUGUUACUAGUGCACAUUUGUAAGAAGGAUCUUUUGAAUUUUUUAAAUUCAUAGUGGAUUGCAAGAAACCAUAAAUGCUGAUUCUUGUUAUUUCCAUCCUGAAGCAUUCGGAAAGCUCUGAAUCGGUGUUUUCAAACUUUGUGCUCAGAGAUUAUCAUCUGUGGCUUUUUUCCAGAAGUCUAUACAGUACUCUAAACUUGUUGAAGGCUUUUUUUAAUAUAUAAUCAAUAUGUAUGGGUAGCUAACACCAGUCAGAGCUUCUGAGUUAACACUUGCCCCCUUAGUUACAAAUUAUGGCUUUUGGUGACAAAAUAUGUGGUCUUAAAACAGCGGUGAUAUUUGAAUUCUGGGUUUAAAAGUCUGGGGGGCUCAUUGUAAGCUGGCACGACAAAUUCCCAAUUUUGAGGUGCAUUACAACAAGAGCCGUAUUGCCAGCUAAGAAAGACCAUUUUUCUCAUCUUUGCAAGCAUGCAAAUUGUCUGUUUCAGCAAAAAAAGGCGUUGAGGGAAUCUGAAAUUCUGCCGGGUGCAUCGCUGCACGUAGUGGAAUAUUCAGAUUGUAUCUUGAGGUUGUGUUGGUUCUGCCUUCGUUAUUUUUAUUGGUAAUAAGCACCACAGACCUUUGAGGGGUGAAGGUUUGGGCGUAUGAAGAGUGUCGUGUAGUGGGGUGGGUGUUGCUUUCAGUGCUCCUUUUCUUCCAGCUUCUAAACUCCAGGCUUUAGAUCUUGCUAGACUGUUGUGUUUUGUUAGCUUUUUCUUUUUAUUGUUUUUUUUGUUUUAAGAGAGCCUAGUCCUGUAACACUCUACGCAGUUAAAUCACCUGUUUUACAGUGGAAUUGCAAGGAUAUAGGGAAACUGUGGACAAAUGUAUAAAUAUUGUACAGUUCUAUGAAGCCUUAUCAUGGUAUCAGAUAUAAGAAAAUAAGGUUAGUGUUAGUGUUUGAAAAACGACUUUGAAAAAUAAAGACUCAUUCUAUGUGCAGUAA